AUACAUUAUCUUUCUCUCCCCACAACGAAAUACAGACAGCCAAAUCCUCUCAGAAAACAAUAACGUUAACUUAUCUACGUGAAACCUGCAACUGGUGGUAAUGAAUUACACAGCUCAGAGAAAAAAAAAUACCCAGAAAAUACUCCAUCCAGCAUAUUCUCGUUAGUCGAGCGGUGCUGUAAAUCUGAAAGCUUGAUACUUUGGACGUCAAAGUACAGCAAUCGAGCAAAUUUGUGCACAAAUACCGUAUCCGAAUGGAGGGGACUGAUGGCCGAGGGCAGACGGAGCAGGAGGGCAGGCGCAGCGGGCAGAGAAGGAAAACCAAGCGGGGGUUUCGUCGUGCUAGUGGCGAUGCCGGACGAGGAGAGUUGAGCUUGGUUGUGAGUGAGGGGAAUUGUUUGGUCCUGAACGAGACGCCAUAGCCGAUGCUGACGAGUUUGAGGCUACGACCCCGGCCGCGCGGCGCCCACGAAUGGAACUCCAUCACAAGGAGCAUUCCAGCCAGGUGACGCACGCGCGGUGUGUGGAUCAUUGUUGCAGGCUAUGGAGCUCCCAGAAGCUAUGGGAGCUGCGCCAUGGACGCCAUCCUCGCAAGUGGGUAUCGUAGAGGCACACGGUAGGGUCUGGUAGGGGGGUAGCAGCGAAUCCAGUGAUUUGGCACCGCGAAAGCUGUUGCGAUGAUCAGUGGCUUGCCAAUCGGGGCUGCCGAUGGGGGCCCUGGACCGUCGUCGCAAUCUCCUCUGGAGUGGAAAUUCUCCCAAGUGUUCGGUGAGCGCGCCGUUGGUGAAGAAGUUCAAGACGACGAUAUAAUCUCAGCUAUUGAGUUUGAUAAAUCCGGGGGGCAUCUGGCAACUGGAGACCGCGGAGGGCGUGUUGUGUUGUUUGAGAAAACAGAUGCCAGGGAUCAACGCACACGAAAGGAGCUGGAAAAGACAGACCAUUCAGUGCUAAGGCAUCCAGAGUAUCGAUACUCCACCGAGUUUCAAAGUCAUGAGCCCGAGUUUGAUUUUUUGAAGAGUCUGGAGAUAGAAGAAAAGAUCAACAAGAUCAAGUGGUGUCACACUGUUAAUGGUGCCCAGUUCCUACUGUCCACAAACGACAAAACGAUUAAAUCAUGGAAGGUGACAGAGAAGAAAACGAAACAACUGUCUAACUUGAAUGUGGCUCCUGAAAUUCGUGGGAACAGAAGUGUAAUAUCCAUCAACCUGGCAGAUGAUCUGAACAGUUUUGGGCCUCGCCCGAAUCCCACCUCUUUUAGCAUUGGCUCCGACUUUCGGUUUCCUCCUGGGGGAAUUCCAGCUCUGCGUCUUCCUUCGGUUUCCAUCAAUGAGACAACGUUGGUUGCGAGAUGUAGAAAAGUGUAUUGUAAUGCUCAUGCAUAUCACAUCAAUUCCAUCUCGACAAACAGUGAUUGCGAAACGUACAUAUCUGCGGAUGACUUGAGAAUAAAUCUUUGGAACCUCGAAGUGAGCGAUCAGAGUUUUAACAUUGUUGACUUGAAGCCAGUAAACAUGGAAGACCUCACAGAGGUUAUAACAUCAGCGGAGUUUCACCCCACACAUUGCAACUUGCUUGCAUACAGUAGCAGUAAGGGGUCUAUCCGACUUAUUGAUAUGCGCCAGUCGGCUCUUUGUGACAGACAUACCAAGUUAUUUAUGGACGUUGAACCCGCUGGGAAUAGGUCUUUUCUCACGGAGAUCAUCGCUUCCAUCUCUGACAUUAAGUUUUCAAGGAAUGGUCGGUACAUUCUGAGUCGUGACUAUAUGACUUUGAAGUUGUGGGACUUGAACAUGGAAGCGUCACCCGUCGCAACUCUGAAAGUCCAUGAGUAUCUGCGGCCGAAGCUCUAUGAUCUGUACGAGAACGAUUCCAUCUUUGACAAAUUUGAGUGUUGUCUAAACGGUGAUGGCACACGUGCCGCAACUGGCUCCUACAGCAACUUGUUUCGCGUGUUCGAGACAACCUCUGGAAGCGACGAGGCCUCCAUCUUAGAAGCCAGCAAGAGCCCCAACAGGCGAAAUGCAACGCAGUCGUCCAGAUGCGGCAACCGGCUGGUCAACUUCGCCAGAGGCCGUCGUGACACUCGCCGAGGUGGGAAUGAGAUGGUGGGUGCGGAGAACGGUGUGUAUGAUUUCACGUCCGAGCUUCUGCACCUGGCUUGGAAUCCUGCAGCCAAUUUGAUUGCGUGCGCUGCAUCCAACAGCUUGUACAUGUACUUCGCCUAGCGCACAUCACCAGCAUUGCUUCUUCUUCAUCGUCUUCAUCUUCUUCGCAGUAAAUUUACAGCAUCCAUCACCGACACUGCAUCAUCUCCAUCUUCAUCGUCUUGUCGGUAAACUAGUAGCAUCCUUCACACACUUUUCAUCUUCUCCUUUUUCUUCGUCUGCUUCAUCAUGUUCAACUUCUUUUUAUCUUCAUUUCAUGGUAGUAUUUGUGGAAAGUACUCUUUGUGGGUUGUAUUGAGGAUUGUAGAUGCAUCUUGCUUGGUUUGAGGGAGCGCAUUAUACACUGCAUUCUUGUGUGCUUUCCACGGAUCUGGUGGUCAAAUAUAUAUUUUUGCAUUAGGAAAGUGAAAAAAGUGAAAAGGUAAAACAAUGCCAAACUUGGAUCGUAUUGUCUACUGUAAAACAAGUUCAUGUUUUAGUGGCAAGCAAUCUAAACAUUGCCUGUGGGUUAGAUUAUGGUUGGUGUAGUUGAGCAAAUUUAUUUGUUUUGUUUUUAAUUUCACAAGAUUGAUAAAAAUCUCAAGUACAUAAAAACAUUUGAGGUUCUUGUUAUUUACAUAAAGAAUUAUUUCACUUGAAA